UCUCCUAUCCUGUCAUGUCGUUGUUGGUCUUAAUUGCAAAAUAAAUGCAUGGGGCCAUUAGCAAACCAAUCAGUACCAACUUCAUUAAUUUAGAUCCCAAUAUUGCAGUAAUCUCAUAACACAAAUCCUUCGGCUACUAAAUCAAGAAAACCCAGUUUGUUGAAUUUACCAGGCAGAUCAACUUCAAUUUCUUUCUCAAGGUUUCUCCUUAUUUUAGUUCAACCUUCUAUUUCUGUUUUUUAUUUUAUUUUAUUUUUUUAUUUCCCAAGACAAAAAAAAUAUCUUCAACUUCUUUUGCUCAAGAACAGGUAAAAAAAAAAAAACCCAACCUUCAAAUCUCUUUUGAUUGAUUCGAAGCAGUAAGAAUCUUCUCAACACUAAGUGGAAGUUGCCAAGUGAGCAAAUCAGAGGUAAAAGAGUGUUUGGAUUGACGAUCAAAUUCUUGGAGUUACAACUUCAUUUUGAAGUGCUGGUCUAAGUUGGAAGAAAAGCCCAUUGAUUCUCAGACUUUGAAUCCUUCUUCAAUUUGAGCUUGUCAAGCAUGGGUUGUGGAUUUUGUCAGGCUGCUGUUUCAAACUCCGUUGGAACACUGAUUGUGGACUGUAUGAUAAAGCCGGCAGGACGUCAACUUGAUUAUGUCCGUCGCUUUCAUGAUAAUGUUGAAAAGCUCCAAGAAAAAAUGUGUGACCUUGAAAGUGCACGAGAUCGUCAACAACGUGAGAUUGAGGAUGCUGAAAGGCAGCUUCUACUAAUUCAUAAGGAUGUACAGAACUUGCAAUCAAAGGCUGGCGAAACACUAUCGGAUAUGGAAACUCUCGAAGAGGAAAUUCAACUGAAUAAGAGGUGUCUCAAGUGGUGUCCUAAUUGGAUUUGGAGAUACAAAUUAAGUAAGAAAGCAAUGAAGAAAACUCAGGAUAUCUCUGAGCUUUUGGAAAAAUUUGAUCGACUUGGACCAGUCGGUUACCGUGAUCCUACUGCCCUUCCCACUAUAGACUUCCUAUGUUCUAAGGAAUUUGUGUUUUCGAAAUCUUCAGAGACUGCCUUCUAUCAAAUCAUUGAAGCCUUAAAAGAUGAGAACAUCAACAUGAUUGGGUUGUGGGGGAUGGGAGGGGUGGGCAAGACCACCCUAGCUUGUGAAGUUGGAAGUCUAGCUAAAAAGCUGAAUUUGGUUGAUAAAAAACUGAAUUCGUUUGAUAAAGUUGUGAUGACGACUGUGUCUCAAAAGCCUAAUUUUGAGAGAAUUCAAGAUCAAAUUACACAAUACAUAGGCUUUGAUAUGAAGAAUGAUCAAGGAAGAAGAUCCGAGCAAGAAUUACAGUUAAGGCUGAAGAAAGAACAGAGGAUUCUCAUCAUCCUUGAUGAUAUUUGGAAACCUAUCAACUUAGAGAAGAAGAUAGGAAUUCCAAUUGGUGAUGAUCAUAAAGGCUGCAAAGUUCUUUUAACAACACGCCGUAAACAAGUAUGUCAAAUAAUGGACUGUCAAACGGUGGUGCAACUUGAUUGUGUGGAUGAUGCUGAAGCUUGGACUCUGUUUGAAGAGAAAGCAGGUCUAGAUGACUUUUCUGAUGAUUCUAUUAAAACCACAGCAAAGAAAAUUGUCAAAAAAUGUGGAGGUCUGCCUAUAGCUAUUGUUCCACUGGCAAGUGCCUUGAAAGGCAAAACAAAUUGUUAUGAGUGGCAAGCUGCAUACCUGAGACUCGAAGGUCGUAGAUUGACUGAAAUAGAGGAUGUUGAUGAAGAAAAUGCCUAUGUAUGUCUUGAGGCGAGCUUCGAUUACUUGAAGGAUAUGGUGACCAAGACAUGUUUCUUGUUGUGCUCUUUAUUUCCCGAAGAUCAUGAGAUAUAUGUGGAGGACUUGGUAGGAUAUGCAUGGGGACUGGAGUUGUUUAAAGGCAUGGACUCAAUUAAAGAUGGUAGAAGCAAAGUGCUUGCAUCGAUUGAGAUCCUCAAGAACUCUGGUUUGUUGCUAGAUUCCGGAGAAAUGCAUGUCAAAAUGCAUGAUGUGGUUUGCCAAUUUGCUUUGUGGAUAGCAUCUUCAAGAAAGGAGAUUUCUUUUGGGACUGUUGAAACACUCCCGAUGGAUGAAAGUCUCAAGCAUUACACAGCAAUCUCUUUCGAAGCUAACCAAACGGAUGAACUUCCUAAAGGAGUGGUUUUCCCAAAUCUCAAAUUUCUUUUACAUGGUGGCGAUCGUUUCAUGGAAACUUCAAGCGAAUUCUUUGAGGGUAUGAAGGCAUUACAAGUUUGUGCUUUGAAUAAUAAAUUGAUAUCUCUAGCUGCAUUUCAGUUUCAUAUGAACCUUCGAACUUUGUGUUUGAUUGGUUGUCAACUCUCUGACAUCUCAAUGCUUGGGAAGCUGAAGACACUUCAUAUUCUCUCUUUACGUCGAUCUUAUAUCACUGAAUUGCCGACUGAAGCUGGUGAUUUGGAAAAUCUAAGACUGUUGGAUUUAUCGUAUUGCGAUGAUCUACAAAGAAUUGCUCCUAAUUUAAUACAAAAAUUUUCCAAUUUAGAAGAACUAUACUUGCAUGGUUGUAGUUCAUUAGAAUGGGCGACUGAGAACACAACUCAAAGAGAAAGCUAUUCCAGCCUGUCGGAGUUGGAUUUAUUGCCAAAGUUGGUUGUAAUAUCAUUGGAUAUUUCUUCUAAAUAUCUUCCAGAUGGCUUUGAGUUUCGUAGAUUAUUGAGCUUUGAUUUUUGCAUUGGCAUAGAAAGAGAAGCGUGGUUCCAAGAGAGGGAAAGUUAUCCAAUCUCAAGAUCACUCAAAUCGAUAAGUCUGUAGAUGCAUGCAAGCAACUAUUUGAAAAUGUAGAAUCUCUUCAAUUGAAUAAUGUGGAGGGUCACCCAAACCUUAUUCCGAACUUGAACUUGGGAUUUAGUAAGUUGACUUCUCUAGAUCUUCGUUGGUGCGACUCUAUGCAAUGCCUAAUUGAUGCAUCAAAGCAACAGGCAUUCUCUAAUUUGAGAAAGUUAUCAUUAAGUAAUAUGUGUCAUUUGGAAGAGAUGUGCAAUGCUCCCCAGCCGCAAGAUUUUUUACAAAAGCUUGAAGAGGUUAUAGUUUCAAAUUGUGGUAAGAUGCAAGUGUUAUUCCCGAUUGUUGAAAUAGAACAAGAAGGGCCCAGUCGUCAUUUAAGCCUCCAAAGUCUGAAGAUUGUUGAAAUAGAGGGAUGCAAUAAUUUAAAAUAUAUCUUCCCAAUGUCGGUUGCUAAUAGCCUCGGGCAAUUGCAUACUUUAAAGAUAAAGAGUUGCUCGCAAUUGGAAGAUAUAAUCCAAGACCGAAAAGUGGCAUACAAAUGUCUACUCCAAAGUUUAAGGGAAGUUUUGUUGAUUGAUUUGCCUCAAUUGAAAGGAAGGGAUGUGUAGGACAUUAUGCUCACACAAUCGUCUUUGCAGAAGUUGAAAGUGCACAAUUGUCCUCAAUUGACACAUUUUAUUAUUUCGACUACGAUACAAGAAUUGGUGUUUGGGAGGAUGACAAAUGAACAAUUGAGCAAUUUGCGUUCAUGUAAAUACGAGGAAUUGGAGCAAGAUCAAACGUCAUCACAACAUCAUCCCCUACCUAUUUGCUUUCCAAAUCUCAUUCUAAUUAAUAUUUUGGAAUGUGAAAGCUUGAAAUCUCUCUUUCCAAUUAUUGUUGCUCAAGGUAAUUCUAAAAAACUAAAUGUGCCCAAUUUGCAAACUUUGAAGAUAAAGAGGUGCUUUGGAAUGGAAGAAAUAA